AUGGUGCGCCAGUCCGACUAUAACCUUGUCUUUGUCAACUUCAACUACCGUGUCGGAGCAUUGGGUUUCUUAGCCAGUGAGGAAGUCCAGAAAGAUGGUGACCUGAACGCGGGAUUGCUGGACCAGAGGAAGCUGCUUCACUGGAUACAGGACAAUAUUGCCAAGUUUGGCGGCGAUCCAUCGCACGUUGUCAUUCACGGUUCUUCCGCUGGCGGUGGCUCAAUAGCACACCACUUGACCGCUUACGACGGCGAAGACAAGGGUCUUUUCGUCGGAGCUGCACCCCAAUCUCCUUUCUGGCCAACCCAACGAAACCUCAGCGAGCUCGAGUUCCAGUAUGACCGCUUCGUUGCCGACACGGGCUGUUCCAAUGCCACCAAUGCCCUGUCAUGUCUUCGCUCCGUGAGUCUGGCCACUAUACAGGCCGCGAACGUUGCUCAGCAGUUCCCUCAAGGCAGUGGUGUUCCGCUGCCCCUGUGGUACUGGCUACCGGUUACUACUGGGCCCGGGACGCUGGUUCCUGAUAACCUAUACGACUCUUUCGAAGCAGGCAAAUUCAUCAAGGUGCCCAUCCUGAUCGCCGAACUGGACCGGAUCAACAAGGCGUAUCCGCUGACCGACCCCUUGCCAAAACACGCGGCCUACUUUCCCUCCGCAGCAGCAGCAUAUGGCGACGCCACGUUCACAUGUCCGGGCAACACCAUGGCCGAAACGAUGUCGUCGUUCUACGAGCCAGGAAAAGUGUGGAACUAUCGGUACAACGUCAUAGACCCCGGAAAUGUGGCCGCAGGAUUAGGGGUGACUCACACGUUUGAGACGGCUGCGGUGUUCGGGCCGGGCUACGCAGGCAACGUGGCAGAUAGCUACUACACGACGAACGCCGAAAUCGUGCCUGUGGUUAUGAACUACUACAUCAGUUUCGUGAGGGCCCUGGACCCGAAUGUCUAUAGGUAUCCGGGGACGCCGGUGUGGGAGACGUGGGGGGACUUCGGAGCCGGCAGGGGACUCAGGUUGAAAUUCGAGACAAAUGAUACGGUAAUGGAGGAGGUACCGCAGCAGCUGGCGGACCGUUGCGCUCUGUGGAAGGAUCUGAGCCAUGCGAUGGAGGUAUAA